UCGUUCUCGUCUCCCAGCCCCGUCGCCGCUGACGUGGCGCCCACCGCGCGGAAAAAAAUAUUGCAGAUAUUUUCCUCACCGCUCCUUCCCCCCUCUCUGCUCGUCCUUGCCUCCCACCGCACCGCCGGCUCUUGCUCUGCUCGGUUCCUCCUGGCAGCAACCGAAUGUCUCCCGACGCCGACGCCGCCGCCGGGGGAGGAGGAGGUGGAGAGGCGAGCGCCGGCGCCGGCGCCGGCGCGUCGUCGCCUCCCGCGUCCGCGUCCGCGGCGGCGAACGGCCGGGCGCUGGUGCGGUGGGACCAGAUCCUGCCGCGCCGCUCCCUGCGGGUGCUUCUCGUCGAGCACGACGACUCCACGCGCCAGAUCGUCACCGCGCUCCUCCGCAAGUGCGGCUACCGCGUGGCCGCGGUCGCGGACGGGAUGAAGGCGUGGGAGGUCAUGCGGGAGCGUGCCUACGACUUCGACCUCGUCCUCACCGAGGUCGCCAUGCCCUCCCUCUCCGGCAUCCAGCUGCUCUCCAGGAUCGCCGCCGCCGCCGAGUGCAAGAACAUCCCCGUCAUCAUGAUGUCAUCCCAAGAUUCUAUUGGCACGGUGCUCAAGUGUAUGCAGAAGGGUGCGGUGGACUUCCUUGUGAAACCAGUAAGAAAGAAUGAGCUGGGUAACCUGUGGCAACAUGUGUGGAGGAGGCAUGCAAUGAAUUGCCAGACAAAUGGAUCAGAAAAUAAUGCAGCCAGCAAUCAUGUAAGUACCAAUGUUGCUAAUGGGUCAAAGACAGGAGAAAACAAUGAUGAGGAAAGUGAUGCCCAAAGCUUUGGUAACAAAAGGGAGACUGAAAUUAAGAGUGCUGAGACGUUACCAGAUAUUCGUAGAGAUGAAAUGGCUGGCUCAUCCAAAAAAAUUGAACUACAAAAUAAGUCUAAUGAUGGAGUAAACACAAAAGUGGAUGCGUCAAAAGAUAGCGAUGGUGCUCCAAGUGAAAGUGAGAAGAAUGUGCGUUCCAAAUGCCUUAAUGGUAUUACUUCUGCAAAGGUGGCUGAGCAAAUAAUGGAUAAUGCCUUGAGGAUCACGGAUGCAAGUUCACGUCGUCCAACCAAUCUUGGCAAAGAUUUGGCUAUGACUGAACCAGCAGCUGAUAGAAAAUGCCAAUCUUUAGUGAUGGAAAAUAAUGCUGUCAAAGAAAAGAACCCUGGUGAAAAGUCGAAGAGUGCUGUAAUAGGUCAUGCUGAUUCUUACCCCUCCCAAUUUCUCGAGACCAACUUGGGAAAACAACAGUAUCGUAAUGGUUACAAGAAUCAAGAAUUCAGGGAAAAAGAUAUCUUUAAUCACUCGAAUUCUUCUGCCUUCUCGAGAUAUGGCAAUAGAAGGAUAGAAUCAUCAGGUGAGAUACAGUUUCUUCCUUCUCGUUGCAUUGUUGGGCAAGAGCAGCAUGUUCAUGGCAAGGACCCAGUUUUCCAACCCAAUGGGGUCUUGCUGCCUCCCAAUGACCAUAAUACAGGUGAGAGUACAAGGCAAGCUCGAAUUACUCUGGACAGUAGCAUGGAGGGUGCUGACAUCAUUUGCUCCAGUAGUGCUAGGGAAGAUGCUGGUGCAAGUAGUUCUUCCCAUAGAAAGGACAGUAUGAGCCAUCCCUCAUAUGGGUUUGUACCUGUUCCAAUUCCUGUCGGUGCCAUGAUGCCCUAUCAUUGUGGUGCAAUUCUGCAGCCAGUAUACUACCCACAGGGUCCACUUAUGCACUGUAAUUCAUCUGCAAUCAACAAGGCAACAAUUCAUCAAACCUCUGGCCAAUCUAACUACCGUGAAGAUUGUGGUAGUGGUAGACCAUCUCAGGUUGAUGAACACAAACAGUCAGAGGAAAAGCACCAGUUGCAUCAUUCAAGACAAAUUCAUCGGGAAUCAGGACAACCAGUUGACAUGGUUAGAGCUCACAUGGAUCAUGCUAACCAGAGUGCAAGCUGCAGCCGGGAUAUCUGUAAAGGAAGCGGAUGCACGGGUAGCGGUGAAGCCGAUACCAAUGCGAACACGACGGUUGCCCUAGAGAGUGGCAACGAGAGUGGCAUCCAAAAUAGUGACAGGUCUCACCGAGAAGCUGCUUUGAUGAAGUUCCGCAUGAAAAGGAAAGACAGAUGCUUCGAUAAAAAGGUCAGGUAUCAUAGCAGGAAGAAGCUUGCGGAGCAGAGGCCAAGAGUUAAGGGGCAGUUUGUAAGCCAGAAGCUGAAAGCAGCUAUGGCAACGGAAGCCGAAACUGACUCGUGACGGGCGCUAGUCCAGAACUGUAAUUUUGGUUCUUCCCUUCGCGCCAGGUGUGGGCGAUUGGACUGGUAAGUCUGAAGGCUGGCAAAAGUUUUUUUUUCUUCCUUCCAUGGUUAGCCUUUCUGUACAAAGGUGAACUCCACGUCGGGUGUUUGUUGGCAUCCAAGCCUUAUUUUUUGCGAGGUACAUCAAGUUGACAAAAUGUUCGGAGGGAUAGGGUGAAAACGGUGCAAGCGCCAUAUUUCGUCCAUACGCUUAGGUGUUUGUGGAGUGUGAAAGCAGAGCCUGUACAGCAUAUUCACCACCCAUUCUGUUGCCAUUACAAUUGUAGUAACUUGUAAUUACUACUAUGACAAAAGUAGACACUGUUGUAGAACUUACAGCCAGCAGGUCUUUUCCAUAUGGGACAGUAGCAUUUUAUUUAUUAAUUGGUUGAUCAUAUGAGGACAGUCCCGAAUGCAGGACAGUUAAGAUUUGUUUGAUCCAA